AUGGUUAUUCAUCUAACAAUCAUAUUCAUGAUAACUGAGACGGGUGUAAUUUGUGCUGCAAAUAUAUAUCAUCAAAUAAAAACAGGUGGUGGCGGUCCAUUUAAUAUCAUUAAAGAUUUACGUUUAAUCGAUAAAAAUUUACCAUUAUCAAUUGUUGGUUUAUUAGGUAAUGAUGAUAAUGGUCAAUGUCAACGUGGUACUAAUUCAUUACUUAGUUCUAUACAUUUUGAUUUUAAUUAUUUGGUUAACGAAAAACAUUGUACUUUAUUUUAUCUUGGUUAUUUAACAUUACUUGAUGGAUUAGAUCAAAUUAUUAAUAAUGAAACAAUAGCAGCAAAAGCUCAAUUAACAUUACCAUUUGUUGAUCAUUUAAUUUUAAAUGAAAUUGAAAUAGGUCUUAUACUUAAUCAAUCAUUUCAACAAGGAACUAUUUCACAAAUUGAACAAGCAGCAAGAAUAUUAAUUGAAAAUUAUGGUAUACAACGUACAGUAACAGUUCAUUUUGAUUGUGGUGCUGUUUGUGUUAGUCGAGAAAAUAAUUUAAAUAUUGAAUGUUUUUAUCAAGGAUCACUUUAUCUUCCACAGGGAUAUAUUAAAAGUGCAGUAGGUACGGGUGAUGCAUUUGCUGCCGGUAUUAUUUAUGGAAUUUAUAAAAAUUGGUCAAUUCAAGAACGAUUACGUUGUGGUAUUUGUGUUGCUGCUAUGUGUUUAAAAGAUCUAACAUCAUAUGGUGGUGUAGGAACUAUUGAAGAAUGUUUGCAAUUGAAAGAAGCAUUUUGUUUUCGAACAUUGGAACUAACAUCUUCUAUUCAUGAUAUUGAAAAUUAA